AGAGGAGUCGAUGAUUUCACAGGAUGGUUUCAAUAAACUAGCCUUGGAUGGUAGUCAACUCAAAAGUGUCAAAGGAGAUGACUUCUUAUCUGACGACUUUUUAGAUAAAGAUUUUUUCAGUGACGAUAAUUUACAGGAAGAUUUUAUUUCCGACAUGACAGCAGAAAACAAUGAAGCUCCACUUGAUGAAGCGGUUGAAGACGGAGCUGAAGGUGCAGCUGAAGGUGAGGACGAAGGUGCAGUGGAAGAUGAGGACGAAGGUGCAGUUGAAGAUGGAGACGAAGGUGCAGUUGAAGACGAUGAUGGAAAACAAACAAACGAUGAUGUCGCUGUUGAUGAUGAUACUAAAAAGAAAGAUUUCUUGUCUGACGAACAUAUACAAAAAGAUUUCUUGUCUGAAGAGCAUAUACAAAAAGAUUUCUUGUCUGACGAACAUAUACAAAAAGAUUUCUUUUCUGAUGGUCAUAUAGAGGAAAACUUUUUUUCUGAUGAUCAUUUAGAAAAGGAUUUUUUUUCCGACGAUAAUACGAACUCCCAGGGAGAUGUUGCUGCUAAUGGCCUUCAGAGUGACAAUGGCGAUGGAGGAUUGAAAGAAUCUGACAAUGCUAUUAAUGAAGACGUAAAUGACAGUGCUGAUAUUAAGGCUACUCCUGUUGAAGACAAUAAUGACGAAAUUGCAGACAGCGAUCGUGGAAAUAACAAUGAUGAACAGAACGCUGGCGACACAGGUGUAAAAAAGAUGUGGGCUGUCGAUUCUGAGGAGGGUAAGCCCUUUUUAGAUGAAAAUUUCUUUAGUGAUGAUAACAUCGAGAGACGUUCGAUGGCAGAUAAGUCACAAAGAUACGGUGCAAAUAAUCAUACCGACGAUAAACAUGCUGUCACAAUUGAAGGUGAAACUACUAAAAAAGGAAAUGACUCCUCGGAGGACAUAAAGGUUCUGCCAACCAACGUACAUAACACUCGUCGACAGCAAAAUCUGCAUAUGUUAGAAAAUGAGAUCCGUUGAAAUGCUUGCAAUAAAGUAAUGUUUUUUUUGUA